UGGGAUUCUCCUUUUGUGUCACCGUAUCGAUCAUGUGGAUCAUGUCCCGUGCACGGUCGCAAGCUUUUUCCUUUCUUUUUUUUUGGGCCAGUUACACUUUUGUGUAUCCGGUGCCCGUUGGUUGAGGAGGGUGAUUUGCUCCGGGCGCUUUUUAUUUUUAUUUUGGUGACUCUAGAUGAGAUCCAGCCUUUUGCUGUUCUUUUUUUUUCCUUGUUUGCUUUCUUCUUUCAUUCGAUUCGCUCGCUGCAUAAUUUUCUUUGCUAUUAUUUUGGCUUGAAGAUUGGUGCCUCGGUUUUUUUUCUUAAGACCUAUCAUUAUAUCCCAGCUUAUUGCUUAUUGAUGAUGGGACAAGCGGCUUCUCGUACUAUUUCUGGCAAAUCCACCGUGUUUUAUGACUAUAACGACUUGUCUAAUCGAUUCACCAAGGCGACGUUGUCCACGCUCGCCGUCCCUAUGGUGAUUGUGGCCUUUCCACUCCUCAACGCCUACACUUUUACCGAAGAAGAAUUGACCGGCGUCAAGUUCAUGGACGGCGCCAUUGGCGGAUUGCUCGGCGUCAUUGGAUGGCCGCUUGCGCCGUUUUUAGCGUGUUGGGGAGUUUUCAAGGUGUUAUUCAAAGAUGGGCCUCCGGAACCGUUACCUAUUCCGCAAUAUAUCAAGGAUCGUGCACGGCAGGAAGUUGGGUUGGAUUGUGAAAACUUUUACAAUAUCGCCGUGGUCGGCGUGGCAGGCACAGGAAAGAGUUCCGUGGUGAAUGGAAUAAUGGGAUAUCAUGAUACGGACAAGUAUGCGGCGGCGACGGGGGAGACGGAAUCGACUGUGAAGCCGAAAGGAUACCGUCAUCCGGAUUUGCAAAGCAUGAUAUUAUGGGAUAUGCCAGGGGCAGGCACCAUGAAUCAUCCCGCCGAUACUUAUUUCGAAGACAAAUUUCUGUGCGCUUUUGACUCGCUGAUCAUUGUUCUCGCCGAACGACUGCAAGAAACCGAUCUGCUCAUUGCCAAAAAAGCCCAACAGUGGCGGAUCCCAGUCCUCUUUGUUCGCAAUAAAGCCGAUCAGGCGGUCGAUGCCAAGAUGCGACGGUAUACGGGCAAGAGUGAAAAUCGGCACCACGUUUGGGCAGUGGCGGUAGGCGAGUUGACAAAGGAAGUGCGACAAUCGAUUUAUAAGCAGUUGAAAGCCAACCAGAUGAGCACGAAGCGCCUGUUUAUUAUUUCGGCCUGGAAUUUGCAAGAAUUCGUGUCUUCGCUAAGCCAAAGACAGUUGAAAGAUCAUUUACCCACCAUUGAUGAGGAACGAUUUAUGCGCAUUCUCAUUGAAGGCGUUCUCAAGAAACGACAACGCGAACAGAAAAGGCGGCUGCAUGAACAACGGUCCACAGUCGCUCAAGGAUCCCAACGUCCAAAGGAUCAUCAGCUGUGAUCCAUUUGAAUACGUCACGGAUGACUGGAUGAACGUUCUGAUAAUUUCAAUAGCAGUACAAGAUUAAUCCUACCAUUUUUAUUUGGCACCAAUCACUCUAUCUGUAAUUUCUCCCAUUUUUUUCUGCAUCCUAUCUUGAUUUAAUUCUCCUUUUUCAUAUCAUGCAUGUUUUUUUCCUUCCAUUCAUCCUCAGUAACAAUAAAAAGCCACAGGUUCUUUGAAUUCAA